GCAGAUCGAAAUAUAUGAAGGAAGGGCCGAGAAGGCAACAGAGUUGAAAAAAAACGCAAAAGCCCUACUUCUGUGAGAUCUGUGCCAAAACACACACAGCAAAAAAAUAAAAAAUAAAAAAAACCGCUCGAGAAGAAGAGAAUCGGGUUUUGGGUAGAAUGAGGAUUCGGAAGAACACGACACUGUCGUCGCUGCUUUCGGCGGCAGGCUGCGGCGGAGAGAAAACGCAGACGCACGUCUGCCACCUCAAUCAGUCGCCGUGGGAUGUGAUUCCUUUCACUUCCUCUGUCGAUGCCGCCGCUGCCGUCUUAACGAACCAACUGGACUCGCCGUGGUUCCUCCCUUCUUCGUCGUCUUGUUCUCACCAGUUCGAUGGAGACGAUAGCUUCAAUGGGAAUGUGAGCUUGGGCGAUUCUUACGGCGCUGCUGAGAGUGUCGUGUCCGUGGAGAAACUCGGUAUCAUUGCGGAGGACAAUGACGAGAAAUCAUCCGACGAAGAACACAGCGAUCGAUCGGAUUGGAAGAGCAGCAGCAACAAAGCCAAGAAAAGCAAAAGCAAAUCCCACGAGCCCAAUUCGUCUCAGAAAACUUCCGGCGCCAAGAGCGGCGACCAACCGAAUCCGGCGUCGGGGACCGCCGUCUCGCCGCCACGGCGGGGGCCGGAAAGCAUCAGCAUCCGCCACCACGACAACGAAUCCUUACGAGUUUUACUACUACUCGGGGUUCGGGCCGCGGUGGGGCAAAAGGCGAGACGGAGGGAAGAGUGGGGCCGAGGAGGAGAAAUUGGUGAUGAGGAUGGUAAAACGACGACGUUUGGAGGUGAAUAUAAUUGGGAGGAAGAAGAUGACGUAGUGGACCAAGAGGGGAAGGUGAUGACGAUGAUGAUGAUGAAGAAGAAGAAGAGAGGCAGGAAGCCCGUAAAGGCAAGGUCCCUGAGGUCCCUCGUGUGA